AUUAAAUCUUCUCUGUACUGCAUUUUAUCUUCUCAUUCUUUGUCAGUUGUCACUCUUUUUUACUGCCAGUCUACCAAAAUCUCAGAAUAUAGUGCAGGUGACCCUUUGUAGAGAGAGAAAGAGAGACUCUUUGUGUGAGCGUUUGUGAGGUAGAUAAAGAAGAUGGGGUGACUGUGACGAUAUGCGCAGCUGGAGGUUUGGCGUCGCAGCUGCUGAUCAGUGAUCACUACCCAUCACUGGGCUUCAUUUUGGUUUGGAGAUCUGGUUUUCAUUUUUCUUCAAUUUACAAUUUUGAAGUUCACUGAAGUGCAUAGUUCCUGUGGCUGGAGAAAUAGUUGCUCUUUUGUUCAAUAGAGCAGGGUGUAAGAAGUGAAAAACAAAGAUCUGACAAAGUCCGUUAGGUGGUUGGAAGAAGUUAUAUUAUUAGUCUGGCCUGGAUCCAAUACUUGGGUUUUUAUUACUGGUGCAAGGACCAGACCUUUGUGAAGUCCAUACCUGUUGCUUUUUUGUUCUUGGCUGGAAUCAUGGCUACCUUGUCGCAUUCUGAAUCCAGGCGAUUGUAUUCUUGGUGGUGGGAUAGCCACAAUAGUCCAAAGAAUUCAAAAUGGCUUCAGGAAAAUCUUACAGAUAUGGAUGCCAAAGUAAAAGCAAUGAUCAAGCUCAUUGAAGAAGAUGCAGAUUCAUUUGCAAGGAGGGCAGAAAUGUACUAUAAGAAACGUCCAGAGUUGAUGAAAUUGGUUGAAGAGUUCUAUCGGGCUUACCGUGCACUAGCAGAGAGAUAUGAUCAUGCAACUGUGGAGCUUCGCCAAGCCCAUCGAACCAUGGCAGAAGCAUUUCCCAAUCAAGUACCUUAUGUUCUGAAUGAUGAUUCACUAUCAAGCUCUUCAGGUCCUGAGGGUGAGCCUCACACACCAGAAAUGCCUCACCCAAUUCGUGCUUUUCUUGAUCCUGAUGACUUGCAUAAGGAUGCACUGGGACUCUCUUCAGCUGACCUGCAUGCCAUGAAAAGCAAUGAAGGGUAUACAGAUGGAUCAGAUUCUGGAAUAAGCAAGAGAGGUUUGAAACAGCUCAAUGAACUGUUUGGGUCAGUAUUAGCAGUUUCAAAAGUUUCCGAAGGAAAGCUGAAAAAGUUCUCAAACAUCCAUGAAAUGGCAGAGAGUGAAACUGAAGUGCAAAACUUGAAGAAAACUCUUGCAGAGAUUCAAGCUGAAAAAGAAGCUCUUGUUCUUCAGUAUCAACAGAGCUUGCAGAAGUUAUCUAGCCUAGAGAGAGAGCUGAAAGAAGCUGGGGGACUUGAUGAACGAGCAAGCAGAGCUGAAAUUGAAGUUAAAAUCUUGAAAGAAACCCUUGUUAAAUUAGAAUCCGAGAGAGAUGUCCGUCUUCUUCAGUUUAAUAAAUGCUUGGAAAGAAUUUCUAGUCUGGAAACUAUGAUCUCUGAAACACAAGAGGAAGCUAAGGGACUUAGUGAGAGAGCAAUUAAAGCAGAAAUAGAGGCUCAAAAUCUCAAGCGAGGACUUUCUGCGUUGGAAGCUGAAAAGGAAGCUGGUCUUUGUCAGUACAAACAAUGUCUUGAAAUGAUAUCAGUUCUAGAGAAUAAAAUCUCUCUUGCAGAGGCAAGUUCUAGAAUACUUAAUGAGCAAAGUGAAAGAGCAGAAUCUGAAGUUAAAGCCUUGAAGCAAGCUCUUGAUAGGUUGAACAAAGAGAAAGAAGCUGCUGAACUUCGGUAUGAGCAGUGUUUGGAGAGAAUAGCUAAAAUGGAGCAUGAAAUUUCUCGUGCCCAAGAAGAUGUUGAAAGACUCAACAGUGAAAUUCUGACAGGAGCUGCAAAACUGAAAAGUGUAGAACAACAGAAUCUUCUGCUAGAAAAAUCGAAUCAAUCGCUACAGUUGGAAGCAGACAAUCUGGUGCAGAAGAUAGCAACAAAGGAUGAAGAGCUGUCAGAGAAGGAACAUGAAUUGGAGAAACUUCAAACUUCACUGCAAUAUGAGCAAUCACAAUUUGUUCAAGUUGAAGCUGCUUUACAAACUUUGCAGAAGUUGCACUCUCAAUCUCAAGAGGAACAGAGAGCUUUGGCACAAGAGCUUCAGGACAGGCUCCAAAUGUUGAAGGACAUGGAGAUACGCAACAGUGACCUGCAGGAAGAUCUCCAACGGGUUAAGGAAGAGAACCAGAGUCUCAAUGAAUUGAACAGUUCUUCCAAAAGUUCAAUAAUGAAUUUACAAAAUGACAUUUCUAGCUUGAAGGAAAUUAAGGAUAAACUUGAACAAGAACUUGCUUUGCAAGUGGCUCUAAGUAAUUCCCUGCAGCAAGAGAUUCACCAUUUGAAAGAGGAGAUUGAAAGCUUGAAUAGAAGAUAUCAGGCUUUAAUAGAGCAAGUGAAGUCAGUAGAUUUAGAUCCUGAGUGCAUCACUUCAUCAAUCAGGGACUUGCAAGAUGAGAAUUUGAAGCUAAAAGAAGUCUGCAAAAAGGACAGAUAUGAAAAGGAAGAUCUCUAUGAGAAGCUGAGGGGUAUGAAUGAGCUCCUGGAAAAGAAUGUUGCUUUAGAAAGAUCUCUAUCAGAAUUGAAUUGCAAGUUGGAAGAAUCAAGAGAGAGGGUUAAAGAAUUGCAUGAAUCCUGUCAGUUUCUUCAAGGAGAAAAAUCUGGUCUUGUUGCUGAAAAAGCCAUCCUGCUUUCUCAGUUACAAACCAUGACAGAAAAUAUGCAAAAACUUCUGGAUAAAGAUGCAUUGCUGGAGCAUUCUAUCUCUCAUGCAAAUGUUGAACUCGAAGGUUUGAGGGCAAAGUCAAAAAGUUUAGAAGACUUUUGUGAAAUGCUCAAAAAUGAGAAAUCCAUUCUUCAAAAUGAAAGAAGCACCCUAGUGAGUCAGCUGGAAAAUGUUGAACAGAGACUGGGAAACCUGGAAAGAAGGUUUACAAGAUUAGAAGAGAAAUACACUGAUCUGGAGAAGGAGAAAGAAUCGACGCUUUGUGAAGUAAAAGAAUUGCAGAGUUACCUUGGCAUAGAAAAACAAGAGCGGGCAUGUUAUAUGCAGUCCAGUGAAUCCCGAUUGGCAGAUCUAGAGAACCAGGUCCUUCUUCUGAAAGAAGAAAGCAAGUUAAGUAAGAAAGAAUUUGAAGAAGAACUAGACAAGGCAGCAAAUGCUCAGGUUGAGAUAUUCAUCUUGCAGAAGUUUAUACAAGAUUUGGAAGAGAAGAACUUAUCUUUGUUGAUUGAAUGCAAGAAACAUGUUGAGGCAUCCAAAUUGUCAAACAAACUAAUGUCAGAAUUGGAGACUGAGAAUCUUGAGCAGCAGGUGGAAGUAGAAUUCUUAUUAGAUGAAAUUGAUAAGCUAAGAAUGGGACUUCAUCAAGUGUUCAAGGCUGUUCAAUUUGAUCCACUUAAUAAGCACGAGGAUGGGAUUGAAGCAGAGCAGACUCCUCUUCUCCACAUAUUGGACAACAUUGAGGACCUAAAGGGUUCACUUUUGAGACAUGAGGAUGAGAAGCAGCAACUGGUUGUUGAGAAUUUGGUGCUCUUAACUUUGCUUGGAGAACUAAGAUCAGAGGGUGCUGAACUUGACUCAGAGAAGAAAAUCCUUAGGCAGGAGUUUGAGAUAACAACAGAGAAUUGUAGUCUGCUUCAAAAGGAUAAGAAUGAACUUCUGGAGAGCAACAGGCAGUUGAGGCUGGAAAUAAGCAAGGGAGAACAGCAUGAGAAAGUACUAAAGACUGAAUUGGAAAGUCAGCAUGUGAAUUUUGCAAGUUUACAGGGUUCAUACUUGGCAUUGCAAAAGGAAAACUUCAAGGCACUUGGUGAAAACAGAUCUUUGCUUGAUAAAUUUUCAGAUCUGAAAGAGCAAAUGCGUAUGCUUGAAGAAGAAAACAAUGAUGCUCUCCAGGAAGUACUAGCCCUUGGUAACGUAUCAUCAGUUUUCAAGAGCUUUGGGACUGAGAAAGUUGAGGAACUCGAAGCACUUUCUGAAGAUCUCAGCUGUCUCCAUGUGAUUAACAAGGACCUCAAGGAGAAGAUUGAGAUGCUGGGGCGGAAGCUGGAAGCAAAAGAAACAGAAAGCCUGCAUCUUAGCGAAACAAUUCAGAAGUUGCACCAGGAGCUAGAAGAAGGCAAAGACUUGACUGAUCAAUUAAACCAUCAAAUUGUAAUUAAACAGGAUUUCAUCAGACAGAAAGCUGAUGAGCUUUUAGAAGUGGAACAGAAGCUUAAGGCUACACAAAAUGUAAAUGCAGAAUUGUGUAAAACCAUAGAGGAACUGAAGAGGGAAUGUGAAGAAUCAAAAAUAACUAAGGAGAAUAUAGAGAAGCAGGUCCUUGAGCUGUCAGAAGAGAGUACAAGUCAGAAGAAGGAAAUUCAAUAUCUUAAAGAAGCAAAUGAAAAUCUGGAGUCAGAAGUGAGUUCAUUAUGCAAGGAAGUUGAAGAACGAAGAACCAGAGAAGAGAACUUGAGUUUGGAGUUGCAAGAGAGAAGCAAUGAGUUUGAACUAUUUGAGGCUGAGGCUUCAUCAUUCUACUUUGAUCUUCAGAUAUCAUGCAUACGUGAGGUUUUGCUUGAAAAUAAAGUUCAUGAGCUGACUGCAGUUUGCGAGAACCUUGGAGAUGAAAAAGUUACCAAGGAUGUCAAAAUUGAUCAGAUGAAGGAAAGGUUUGGCUUCUUGGAAACUGAACUUGGAGAAAUGAAGGCUCAAUUGUCUGCAUAUGCUCCAGUGGUAGCUUCUUUAAGAGAAAAUAUAGAAUCUCUUGAGUGCAAUGCCCUACUUUGCACAAGGUUAUUAGCAACUGCAAAUCAAGGACAAAUGGGUGUAGAAAUGGCUAUUCAACCUCUGGAAAUGAAGAAAGAGGAACUCACACAUAAUGAAAAAGUGCCAAAUGGAAUUUCAGAUCUACUCAAAAUACAAAACAGAAUUAAAGCAGUUGAUAAGGUUGUGGUCAAAGAAAUGAAUAGGCUUGUAAUGCAGGCAAGAGAAAACACCAACAUCAAGCUAGAAUAUCCAGUGAAAGAGGCUGACUGGUUGGAAAUGAGACAGAAGGAAGAGGCAGAGCUUGAAAAUGGGCCCACCAAAAAUGCUAGUACAUAUAAAAGUAAAGUUGAUGUUUCUGAAGUGAAGAAUGGAACUUUGAUGAAAGACAUUCCGCUUGAUCAGGUUUCAGAUUGUUCAUUGUAUAGGGGAAACAAGAUGGAGAAGACCGAGAAUGAUAAUCAGAUGCUCAAGCUAUGGGAAUCUGCUGAGCAAGACUAUAGCCUUAAUCCAAUGUCCAGUGCUAUACAAAAGCAGGCAGCUUCACAGUUGGAGAAUGUUAAUGCCCCUCAUCAGUUCAAAGAUGCCAACCAUAAGAGUCGAAAUCCUCCUUUGGAGUUACAAGAAGAGAGGGAAGUGGGCAUUGACAGGCUAGAGGUGUCUACAAGCAUGAAUAAAGAGCCAAAUCAAGGAGGGAACAGAGGAAAGAUCCUGGAGAGACUUGCUUCUGAUGCACAGAAAUUAGUAUCUCUUCAAACAGCUGUGGCAGAUUUGAAGAAGAAAAUGGAAACCAAGAAAAGGAGCAAGAAGGCCAAUAACCUUGAAUUUGAAAGGGUGAAAAGACAGCUAAAAGAAGUUGAGGAUGCUGUUGUACAAUUGGUUGAUGCUCAUGAUCAAUUGACAAAAGACAUCGAAGAGAGUCCCUCACCUUCAGAAGCAAACACUUCAGCAGCAUCAGAAGGGACUAACAUCGGCAGAAAAAGACUGACGGAACAGGCACAGAAAGGAUCUGAAAAGAUUGGACGGCUGCAGUUUGAUGUACAAAGCAUUCAAUACAUUCUGCUAAAAAUGGAGGAUGAAAAGAAAAGCAAAGGUAAACUCAGGUUUCCUGGAAGUAGAACAGGUGUCAUCUUGAAGGACUUCAUUUACAGAGGUAGCAAGAGAAGCAGCAGAAGGCGAAAGAAAGGUUGUUUCUGUGGAUGUGCAAGACCUUCAACUCAUGAAGAUUGAGGUAACUGAUCAUGGAGAAGCCUACUAGUAUUUAUAAGCUAAAGUUUCUUUGAAAUGUUCUUGAUGUUAUGUUUAAGAGAGCAUUUCUUGGAUUAGUUAGGCUGAAUCUGUCCUUUUAGCUUAGGAGAAAGCUAAGAAUCCUAAUCUAGUAAUAAUAAGCUGUUGCCCUCAGCAUUUCUUCCCUUACAUUUUCCAGCUAAACAUUAUCAAUGCAGUAUACAUUUGUUAUAUACAUGUCGAAUUCAAUUUGCUUA